AUGUCGAUUACACAAGGUUUAAGAAAAGAAGAUCUAUACAAAGAAAUAUGGAAGCUAUGUGCUAGACCCUUAGUUGAUAUUCCCCAAAAGGGGGAGAGAUUUCUCUAUUUUCCCCAAGGCCAUAUUGAUUUUGGACAUUCAGCUUUUGGUACUACUAAUGCUGAACCAAAAAUUGAUGAGGUAUAUGCACGAAUCACUUUGCUUCCUAACUUAGAAGACAUGACUCAAAAAACUCCAACUCAAGAGGUGGUUGUUAGGGAUCUACAUGGGUUUGAAUGGAAGUUUAGGCACAUAUACAAAGGCCAUUAUGUACAUCUAGGAGUUCUAGCUCCUACUUCACAUUCUGUAAUAACUGGCACCAUAUUUAUAGUCCAUUACAAACCAAGGAUUGGCCAAUUCAUAAUUCGUUUGAACAAAUAUUUAGAAGCAGUGAACAAUAAGUUUUAUGCUAGUAUGCGAUUCAAGAUGAGAUUUGAGGGAGAAAACUUACUUGAGAUAUGGUAUUCUAGUACUAUUGUUGCUGUUGAGGAUUUCUCUCAAGAUUGGCCAAACUCAAAAUGGAGAUCAUUAAAGGUUCAAUGGGAUGAACUUGCAACAAUUCCAAGGCCACAAAGGGUUUCUCCAUGGGAGAUAGAACCUUUUGUGGCUCCUGUUGCUAUAAACAUUUCUUGUUCAACAACAACAAAGAAUAUAAGGUUUAAGCAUGUUAAUAUUCCAUCUUUUGAAAUUACUUCUGACUCAAUUGCUUCUCCAAUAAUAAACACUACUAAUAGCUCAAGAAUGCGAGUGGAUGGAAUAUGGCCAGAUUUCGAUCUGCAUUCAGCCUCGUCGCCAUUUUGUUUGCCGAAGACAAGUCCUCUUGUACGCCUUUUCCUGAGUUUUAACUUUCCUCCACAAGUUUCGAGCCAAGGAUUUAGCAGGCGAACCAAAAAGAUUUACAUUCUUCCUGGGCGAGAUCCAGAAUGA